AUGGAGCCGGGCUCCGCUCUGCGCCAGCCCUCCGGCCGCCUGCGCGGGGGCUUUUCGGGGUGCCCAGGGCCAGCCGGGUCUUGGGCCACAUCUAGACUCCUGGUGAACUACCAAGAACCUUAUCGCUCCCAGAUUUUAGAUUACCUGUUCAAGCCAAAUUUUGGUGCUUCUUUACAUAUUCUCAAGGUAGAGAUUGGAGGUGAUGCCCAGUCAACAGAUGGUACUGAACCCUCCCAUAUGCACUAUGAAAAUGAUGAGAACUACUUCCGGGGCUAUGAAUGGUGGCUGAUGAAAGAAGCUAAAAAGAGAAACCCCGAAAUUAAACUGAUUGGAUUACCUUGGGCAUUUCCAGGAUGGAUAGGGAAGGGAGAAAAUUGGCCCUAUGACUAUCCAGAUAUCACUGCUUACUAUAUUGUUUCUUGGAUAUUAGGAGCAAAACAGUAUCAUGAUUUGGACAUUGAUUAUAUUGGGAUAUGGAAUGAAAGGGCAUUUAAUAGCAAAUACAUUAAGGUGCUUCGACAUUAUUUGGACAGACUGGGUCUAUGGAACGUUGGCAUCAUCGCUGCGGAUGGAAAUUGGGACAUCUCAAAAGAGAUGAUAGCUGAUCCCUAUCUUAAUGAUGCUAUUGAGGUAGUCGGGGCUCACUAUCCUGGGACAAAAACAGUGCAAAAUGCUAUAUUAACUGGGAAGAAACUGUGGUCGUCGGAAGAUUACAGUACUUUCAAUGACGAUGUUGGUGCAGGAUGCUGGGCUCGGAUCCUGAACCAAAACUACGUGAAUGGAAACAUGACCUCAACAAUUGCAUGGAAUCUGGUGGCCAGUUAUUAUGAGGAGUUGCCCUUUGGUCGAUGUGGAUUAAUGACAGCACAGGAGCCAUGGAGUGGCCACUAUAAAGUUGAAUCUCCUAUCUGGAUUACAGCACACACCACACAAUUUACUCAACCAGGCUGGUCAUACUUGCAAGUGGAUGGACACUUAGAAGGAGGUGGCAGCUUUGUAGCCCUGACAGAUGGCCUAGGGAACCUUACCAUCAUAAUUGAAACUAUGAGUCAUAAUCACUCUAAAUGUAUCAGGCCUCCAUUGCCAAAUUUCAAUGUCAUACCUCAGAGAGCAACUUUCUACCUCAGAGGGUCAUUUUAUAUGGUGGAAACCCUUCAAGUGUGGCACUCUAGACUUGAUUUUGAAUCUGGACACUCCAGUCUUUUCCAGAAACUCCGUCCUAUAAAGGUAUGGAAGGGAAGAUUUACUUUAGAUCUAAAAGUGGAUGAAGUCUACACUUUAACCACACUCAAGACAGGACGGAAAUAUAUUUGCCCAGAGCCGCCUCCUCCUCAGCCCUUUCCUUCAAAUUACAAAGAUGAUUUCAAUAUACGUAAUCCACCUUUCAGUGAAGCCCCAAAUUUUGCAGAUCAGACAGGUGUAUUUGAAUACUUUGUAAAUGCUUCUGACCCUGGAGAUCAUGUGUUCACACUCCGCCAGGUGGUGGUUCAGCGGCCCAUCACUUGGGUUUCUGAUGCAGACCAGACCAUCAGUGUCAUAGGAAAUUUUAAGUGGGUAAACAUGACAGUCACUUGUGACAUCUACAUAGAAAAACCUCGUGAUGGAGGUGUGUUUAUUGCAGGAAGAGUUGACAAUGGUGGGAUAUAUGUGCGACGUACCAAAGGAGUUUUCUUCUGGGUUUUUGCAGAUGGCACCUACAGAGUCACUGGUGACCUAGCUGGAGAGGAAAUACUAAUGAAAGGACUUGCUGGUGUCCGGGAUAAUGCAUGGCACACACUCACUCUCAACAUUCAGGGCAACUCCGCCUCAGGACUGUUAAAUGGUUAUCCACUCUGGGAGAAUGUCACCAUUUCUAAACCGCAGAACGGCUGGGCUGCUCUCGGAACUCGCUCGUUUGAGUUGGCACAGUUUGACAACUUCCAGGUUGAAGCUUGCUGAGGUGGCUUUGGCAUUUGGAGAACCUGGUUCUCAUGUUACUUUGAAAAAGAGCCAAGUCAAACUUGGAGGAGAGCUGACUGCCAAACUGUGAUUGAUCUCUUGGCAAAGAGUCUGGAUUCGGUCCGUGUUAUUUGUUAAAGGUUUACUUGAGUAGAUAUCAACAUGAUUGUAGCUUUAUCCCUGAUUGCUGUGGGAUUUUUGCCCUUCAGUUUUUAGGGGUAAAUUUUAGUUCAAGGUAAUGAUGAAAACAAAUUCUUGGAUUUAGAUAUCUUUUAAUAACAACAUCUUAACUUACCAGCUCACUUCUAAGAUAACUUUAGAAGUUAACAGAAGACAGAUGCAUCUUAAGCUGCAUUUUUUAACACUUCCACUAUUAUGUCCAUUGCUUUCACUGUGAAAGAAAGAAUUAAAUGCCAGUAAGCCUUAUGAGCCAGUGGACCCCAUACUUUUGUAGGUCUAUCAUUCUCAAAUUUCAUUUGGAUAAAGUACCUAGAUUUCCUAUAGUAAAAAAAAGAUGUUUUGUCUGUUUUUUUGGUGCAGUCUGUGACUAGACAUUACAGUACUCCAAGUGCAUUUGAUUACUUCUUUCAGCUUCCGUUGCCAGCCCUAAAAUAUAUCCUAUUUUCAGUGGAAUGGAAAUGUGCCUUAUGACUGAUCAGGGAGUGCAGGAUGUGGCUUAUUUCUAAUCUACCUCCUCUUUCCACUGAAAGGGUUGAAAUGGAUGAAAAGAUACCAUAACUUACAGUUUGUUGAUGAUAAUAUUGUGGGGUUUUUUGCAUAGUGCAAAGAGUGAAAACAUUGCAUCAUGGAUAUUUUCAUGUCAGGAAACUGGCCUUUUGUUCCUAGAAACUUGGGCAAACAUCUCUCUCUUUUGAUGGUUUUAGAGCUUUGAAUAGAAAAUAAUUAAAGCCUAACAAUGGUAUUUAGUUUAUUAUAUUACUGUGGCACAGAGGUGAUGUGGCUACUAUCACUUCCUAUAAAAGAAAUUUAAAAAAAACCCCAAAAAACAGUCUUGGCCUUUAAGAGUUUGCAACCUGAUCAUAAGGUGACAUGGUGGACACAGAGGGAAUGGUUUAGUGUGCCAAGCAGUGGAAAUGACACAAGAGUGUCUCUUUUUAAACUUUUCCUAGCCAUCAUGGAGUGAAGUUCAGAGGAUAAUUCAGAUCCUUGGGAAUGGAGGGAUUCUGUUUAGCUGUUGCUUCAUUUUAUUUUUUUCCCAAGUUACUGUGUUAUUAAAAAAAACAACAAUUAAUUGAGAAUAUGAAGUACUGAAUGGGUUUUUCCUCACAUACAUUUGCAGUUCAGUCAGCCCCAGAAUUUUUCAUGUUUGUUAUUGUUCAGUUUGAAUGAAGAUGUUUAUUCCCAUAACGAAAAAUGCUUCCUGUGUCCAUCUACUUUUCACAUUCACAUCCUGUUUAAUUGACAAGCAAGUCAUUCCACAUACUUGCUAGGGCUCUACUCUAGCUGUAUGAGGCCCUUUGUAGCAGGCAACAUCUGGAGAAAAAGAUUUACAGUGUACUUCGAUUCAUAGAGAUUAUUCUUCUGAUCCCCUUUAUUUUGAAGGCUGAGUCCAGUAAUUGUUAGCUUCAGUCUUUGAAGCUGUCAUCUUAUAUAAAGUUAAUGUUAUACAGAUCAAUCCUGGAAAAUUUUUAUAAAGUUGAUCUUCUGUUUUCGUUUUUAGAGAAGAGUUCUUAAAAUUCCAUCUCUAAUAAGUAAAAAUGUUGUGUCUUUUAGCUGUUAUAUUGAUACUACUUAUUCAUACUUGGAAAUUUCAUACAUGACAGUAACCUUGGAAAAUGGUUUAAACCACUAAACUUUAAAACUAGCAGAAGGCUUCCAAAUGUGAAGUAACUGUUUGCUUAAGUGGGUGAAAAGUGAAAGGCAAUUUUCCACGUAUGGAUCAGAUCUAUUCAUUACUUGCUUGAUUUCCUAAGGAAUGUCACUGGUCACUCCACAUGUGAAGAAAUCUAAUUUUAGGUCCUCGUAUUCAAGUAAUAUGAGUAUAAUAAUCUGAGAAUAAAUUUAUUUUAGCUGUGAGGAUUUUCAUUUGGAUGCUUCUUGGAGUGUUCCUAGUAGCUUCUGUGGCUGCAAGCAGAGAGAUCAGCAAUGAUGUAGUUAUUCCAAAGGAGCUGUCUGUUUUUUUAACCUUCUAAUGCACUAGUGUAAUGAACUGUACCAUUAUAUUGUGUACUAAACACAAUGUAUUUUAUCACUGGAAAUGUUGAUUUUUUUUUUUUCCCCCUAAUCUUAAUUUACAGUGUUUGAGGAUUAAAGUGUUAUGAACAGAGUAAGUGAUUUAAUAGUGACAUAAUGUUAUUCAUCUUUAUAUGUCUGUAAUUCUUCACCCUUCAGUAGACUGUAAUAUGUUUGGCAAUAACAAGCUGUCGGGUUUUUCACUGAGGAGUGGAUUUAUGUUGUUGAUUAUAAAUGCUAAUCAUUCCAAAUGGACAAAUAAAACACUUAAAAAUGC